AUGGCUCCAGGGUGUAUCAAUAUCUUGAUGUAUCAUGGAGGUGCUUUUUCAAAGCACGGUGAACUAACUUAUGAUGGAGGCGAUGUCACACUUUUUCCAAAAAUUGAGAUGGACAAAAUGUCCUACUACCGUUUAGUGCAGCUGGCUAAAACUGUAGGCUUCAAGGAAGGCGAUACUCUCUAUUAUGCCAUUCCUGGCCGUAGCCUUGAUGACGCUGGUAUUGACCACCUCAAAGAUGAUGCUUCUGUUUGUGACAUGAUGAAGUAUUCGAAUCAGGCCAAGUUUCUAGAGGUUUACAUUAAGCAUAAUGAAAAUGUUGUUAGCGCCUAUCCAACUUGUGAUGACGCGGCCCAACAAGUCAACACUGAAGAGAUUAGGCUAAUUAGGGAACCUUGUAGGUUUGACCCAGAAAGUCGAUCAAAGAAUUUGAAUGAUAUCAUCUAUGAAAGUGACAUCCUGUGUGUUGAGCAACUGCGGAUGGAUAGGCGGUGUUUUUGGACUUUCUGUAAUUUGGUCACAGAUAUUGGGGGAUUAAGGGAUACUAGAAAUGUCAAGGUGGAGGAGAUGGUUGUAAUGUUUCUACAUAUACUAGCUUACAACGAGAAAAGUCGCUCCAUGAGGACAAAUUAUCAACAGUCUCAAGAGACGAUAAGUCGGCACUUUAAUAAUGUGCUAGGAGCAGUGCUAAAGCUUUGGAGGGUGCUGCUUAAGAGCCCACAACCAAUCACAGACAACUGUAAGGAUGAAAGAUGGAAAUGGUUUAAGCUAGUUGGAAAGGGUCUAUUGCCGAUGCAAGGAUUCUCCGAGAUGCUUUGGCUAGGCCAAAUGGUCUCAAUGUUCCUCGUGACGUACAAGGGACACAAAACUAUAAAGCUAAGUAAGAGGAGAGACAAGAGACAGUGGAUUGCACAAGAGGAAAAGGUACUUAUUGAUGUAUUGUAUGAAAUGAAUGACUCUGGUUGGAAGGUGGACACAGGUCACAAGUCUGGGUACCUUCAGUUUAUUGAGAAAGAGCUCGCUACAAGACUCUCAAAUGCUAAUAUCAAAGUUGAUCCUCAUGUUGCUUCUAAAGUGAAGACACUUAAGAAGCUAUUGUCCUAUAUAUUGGAUAUUCAACAAUCUGGUAGUGGCUUUGGCUGGGAUGAUGAAAGAAAAAUAGUUGUUGGAGACAAAGAGCAAUUCAUGGGUUGGGCAAAGAGUCACCCUGGAGCAGCAGCUAUGUAUGGGAAGCCCUUUGUGAAUUUUGAUAAGCUAUUUGAGGUUUAUGCUAGUGACUUAGCAAAAGGAGUGAAGGCCAAAGGCCCUAGAGAUCAGUUUGAAAUGCAUGAAGAACUAUCCUCAGGAAAUGUGACUGAAGCAACCCACCAGUUCAAAAAUGUAGUUGACUCCCAUUCACAACCAUCAUCCCAUGGUAGCAUCGGAGCAAGUGGAAUUAAAUCUGCAGCAUGUCGUAAGAGGGUAUUUGUAGAUGAUGGCAUGGUUGCAUCGGAGUUCUCUAAUAUUUCUAAAUUACUCAAUAGUCUUGUUCAAGUAGAAGCAGCCAAUGCAGAGGCUAUGAAUGCACAGCGGUGUGCAUUCACCUAG